GGGCACAUCUCUCUCGCUCGUGGGUAAACCGUAUGUUGUGUGUUGGCCGACACCGCAUUAACACACGUCUAUGUACAAUUUUAAACAAUUUUUUUUCCUUUUAAAAAAAGGGGACGAAGAAGGAAAAAAAAAUUCGGAUAGUCACGUGACCUAUUUUAAAAUAGCACAGCCAGUAUAAAGCUCAGCGGGUGAGAGACGAACCCCAUUCAGCCCGCUCGUGUUGUCUGCUGUAGACAGGGCUGUGUCAUCAAGCAGACGCCGGCUACCUCCUCUACGUUUCAUACUGGCAGACUGGACUUUUCUACUGCAUCCACACCGCUGUUUACAUCAAGUAUAUUGUGACGUGUAGGCUACUGUGUUUAAAUAAUCACGAAGUUACAUCAACUAAACCUACAACAGUUGGUUGUUUUAUAACCGUUAACACUUCCGUACCUGUUUCAACCACCAACAAAAAAGAACCGGCUACAGGAAGUACACGGUGACAUCACCAUCUGCCACAGGCCCACCAAAUUGUACACCAACGGAUGUUCACCAACCUAGGCCCACCAACGGAUGAUCUAGUUCACCAACCCAACAGGAUACCAAGGGUGGCCGUAGUUGAUCUAUUCAACACAUCCCUGUUCAAAAAACGUUUGUCUUAACCCACACGGCGCUCAUAAAUCAGCCAUUAACUUGAUAACCCCAACUGUGUAGAUGCCACUUCUUGAGAAUGCCAAUACCUCGACGAUUGUUUUCCCAUCUUUGAAGGCUUAAAACUUUCGAAUCAUUGUGUUUCGCAUCCCUAGCGAACUCUUCCACUUCCCGGUACCCUAGGAGGUAAAAACAAGAUCCUGCGGAUGCCUAAGUCAGCAGUGGCUGACGAUGUAUUUUUGUCCGUGCCCCUGCAAUGAUCCCAUUGACCCGGAAACGGAAGAGAACACGUUCGUCGCCCUGCCCAGAAAUCUUUCCUACGUCCAAGACAGCUACCUGGACCGCUACAGUGUGAGCGCGCGGUUCGUACACAACCCUAAGAUCGAACGCUGCAUCCAGCACGAACAGAAUGAAGAAUACAAAGCCAACGUAGAGGACGAAACCAUCGGCCUGCUGUCGGUGAUCAAAGCUCAGGACUUCCCCGUCAACUUCAGCGCCAACAACAGUGAGGCGCUGCGGCCGCUCUUGUCCCCCACGCCACCAGCUUACACCCGCCCAGAGUCCCCGACUUUUCACAGCGCGUUUUCGAUCUACUCGUCGCCGUACGUCAAGAGCACGGGCGCUAACUCGUCGUCAGCAACAUCGCCGCCUCUCCUCUCCUCCUCGUCGUUUCUUGCCCCGGCCUCUCGUGUCGCCUCCAAGCUCUCGGCGUUGAUCCACUCUCCUCCCAAUGAGUGUAUGGACAGGGAUGCUGGGAGCAGCGUGGAUGGUGACAACAUAUCACUCGUGAUGGAUGCUCUAGGCGGCAGUGGAUUGUCCUCUCUAGGGGAGGACAUGGACAGGGGCGUUACCCCCAAGUUUGGUCAUGAAACCGAAAACUACAGUACUUACUGUGAUAAUGGAGAUCUAGAUCCGGAUCUAAUGUUAGCGGAUAUUGUGUCCAACGAUUCGGAUGAUACAGGUUUGGUAGAGCCAGGGGACGUCAAUGCAGGGGGGACCACUGCAGUAGAUGACCCGGAACUCAAACCUUAUGGGGUCGGAGGCAAGACCCACUUCCCUAAAAUCGGCAGUGAGGAAAUCUCCCAUAAAACCGGACUGCACGUCUCUGUGGAUCCGGUCAACGGUCCGGUUCCAUUCGGUUCGCCGGAUUCUGACGGUUUUAGUGAAGAGGGUAUAUUCGUGAAUAUGGACGAUCUGGAGAACACGGAGAAAUCUGUUAGCGAGGUCAGCGACGACACGUACGUCUCGGCCGACUCCAUGUUCAGCCCUGAGGAGGGGGACGUGGACAGCGAGUCGGUCCUGGAACCAUCCCGGAAGAUGACGCUACAGGAGGCUAUUGACCGCGCGGCAUCUGACCUGAGUAAAAUCACGAUGAACAUGUACGGCGAGUCCUCCAAGCUAGGCCAGGACUCCGAGCCCCAGCAGGAGCUUUACGAUGAAAGUUUGAAAUCCCGGAUCACGCUGGCAUCUAUGGGCAGAGCCUCGCCCGUGCGAAUGAUCACAGGACUAAAGCUUCAGGUCAACGAACAGAGUAGUGUUGAUGUUCAACCUCCGGGCUGUGAAUCACCCACCGACCAGAACGAAAGUCCAGUAUAUGAAGAAAGUGAGUUUAACUUCAGUCGCGUACAGCUUAGGAAAUCUUCUUCUCUAAAAACAAACAAAACGCCCCCCGGGACGCCCCACCGGAAGAAGGUCGUCAGAUUUGCUGACGCUAUGGGCCUGGAUUUGGAAUCAGUCCGACACGUGCUGAACAUGGAAUCGCCCCCAAAGAUUCCCGCCUCCGCCAUGGCUGACCUGCGGGCCGGCUUGUCCGAAGACCGGAAAGACAUCGGCUCCAAGUACCUGUGUCCGUGCUUCAACCAGCCGGGCGCGGCGGAAAACUUUACCCAGAAGGUCCUGUCCCAGAAGGUCUGUCUUGAGAACGCCAUCAUCACGGAUCUUACCAUAACUGGCAUCGUUCGUGUGUCCAACAUCUCCUUCCACAAGAGCGUGCGGGUCCGCUACACGCACAACUCGUGGGCGACCUUCCACGACAUCGCGGCCAGCUAUGUCCAGAACUCGUGUGACGGCCCUACGGAUCGCUUCUCCUUCAGCAUCGUGGCGCCGCCCUACUUUGGCCCCGGCUCCCAGCUCGAGUUCGCCGUCUCGUACAACGCCGGGGGCGUCGAGUACUGGGACAGCAACGACGGGAAAAACUACGUGUUUGAAUGUUUUGCCAAAACGGUGCCGACUGAAAAUGAAAACGCCUGGCUUCACUUUCUGUAAUAUUUCUUAUUUCUAUUUUCGACGGUCGAUACCCUGACUCUGCUCUGGUCAGUACGGACAGUGGUCACUACGGCUACAAGACUUGUUGAUAACGAGCACAAUAUUUUCUUCAUGCAGUCAUGUAUGUAUAGUAGAUGUAGUCCAAAUGGCGUCUUGAUUGCCGAUAUCUUUAGUGCAUCAACACCAUACAGAGCUUGUAGUCCUACUGGAAUUAGCUGGCAGUAGGUUGCGUUACAAGAUGGGGCAUGGGCGGAGCUAGUUCCAAAAAGGGGUGGUCUUGAUCUAUACGCCCUGGUUGUUACACUGCUCUGCUUCCAAAGACGUGUCUGUCUGUCGAUAAAAGAAGCAUUUGUCUGUCCGUCAUACGGGUUUCUGUAUCCACAGACUUGUAUGUCACAUAGAGAAAGAUUUGCCUGUCUGUAAGACAGACUUGCCUGUCUGUACGACAGACUUGCAUGUCUGUCAAUUCUUGUUUAACGUCAUGUGUUUUUUUUCUUUAUUCGUUCAUCAAUGAAAGUGGACCUCCUAUUGUCUUCCUUUCAAUCAUGUGAUGUUUAGAGUGUGAUUUAUUUUCACUUGAUCUGUUAUAUACUAAAUAUUUAAUAUACACCUGUGUUGGUAGAGCCGAAGACCCAAGUGCUAGAACUAAUGUCACGUUUUAAACGUUGGAGUUGUUCCAGUUUGAAAGACUAUAUUCUCAAGUCUGAAGCCCUUCAUGAUUACUAGAUAAAAGCUUAGCCUCAGUCGGAGAGUUAACUGUCAUUAUUGUGGACUUGGCAUUUAAAGUUUAGCACAAGGGUCUUCGUUUUGUUUGCAAUCUAAGUAAAAAAGAUGUUUCUAUACUGUAUACGUUGUCAUUCGAUAAAGAAAUCUAAGCAUUUUUUUUAAAGCUGUAUAACUGUUUUCCGUUGAAAUAUUUUUCUUUAUCUUCGUUUUUAUUUAUAAUAUAUUGCAAGAUUUUGAAAACUAAUUGUACAUAUUUUUUUCCUGUUUGUAAUGUCUUAAGUUACUUUUUUUAAAGACACGUACAUGUGAUUGCAUUGCAUUUUUGUUUGGUUGACAUCUGUAAGAAAGUAUAAGAUGGUCACUAGGACUGUAUCUUUCUCCACCUGCACCGUAGGUGGUCUGACCGUUGAUGGUCAGUUUGGCCGUUGAUGGUCAUCUGACCGUCGAUGGUCAUCUGACCGUAGAUGGCGUUUGGCCGAACAUGGUCAGUUUGACCGUAGAUGGCGUUUGGCCGUAGAUGGCCAGUCUGACCGUAGAUGGUCAUCUGACCGUAGAUGGUCAGUUUGGACGUAGAUGGCUAGGUUCACUAAAGAUAUUCGGCCUAGGGAUGGUCAGAUAACUUGAGGAGGAGUCCGGCUAACGUGAACAUGGGGUGGCUGC